UUCUCGUGUUUAAAAAACCAACAAAUCGUGUUGGUUAUGUUCCCGAGUGUUUAAUAAUGUUGUUAAAACAUAAAUAGAGGAUAUUCUUUAAUAAUAACAAUUGAAAAGUCCGAAAAUGCAGAUCUCCAGCCCUAAUAACAUAAAAAUCUAUAAUCUCAGUGCUGGGAAAACUCUUCCAGAGUGGCUUUCAGAGAGGAAAAGGAGGGCAUUGUUGAAGAAAAAUGUUGAAAUCAGAAGGAGUAUCGAGCUCAUCCAGGACUUCGAAAUGCCUGGAGUCAGUACAUCGAUAAAAGUCUCCAGAGAUCUGCAGUACGUUCUGGCAACGGGCAUCUACAAACCCCGAGUCAAGUGUUUCGACGUGAAUAAUCUCUCCCUGAAAUUCGAGAGGUGUUUCGACUCCGAGGUUGUGACAUUCCAGAUAUUAUCCGAGGAUUACAGUAAACUAGUGUUCCUCCACUGCGAUCGACACAUAGAGAUCCACGCAGCCCACGGUAAAUACCACCGGCUGAGAAUUCCGCGAUUCGGUCGUGACCUGGAGUACCACAACCCCUCGUGCGAUCUCUUCGUCGUGGGUGUGAGCAACGAGAUCUACAGAUUGAAUCUGGAGAGAGGGCAGUUUCUCAAGCCUUUCCUGUCGGAUUCAUCAGCGAUAAACAAGUGCAGCAUCAAUCCAGUGCACCACCUCCUGGGGGUGGGCACGCAGGAGGGGAAGGUCGAGGCCUGGGAUCCCAGGACCAAAGACAGAGUAGGAGUCCUCGAUUGUGGAUUCCACUGUAUCACCCAGGACACGAAACUAAAGGGUGUGCCAUCAGUUACUGCUCUGAAAUUCCAGGGUGGACUUACGAUGGCUGUGGGAACUGCCACUGGACAAAUUCUAUUGUACGAUAUCAGAAGCAAUCGACCUUUUCUCGUUAAAGAUCACAUGUAUGGACUGCCCAUCAGGAACAUCGAGUUUCAUGAGAAAAUGGAUCUCGUGUACUCCAUGGACAGCUCCAUCGUCAAGAUCUGGGAGAAACAGACUGGGAAGAUCUACACGUCGAUAGAAGCCCAGAAUGAUCUCAACGAUCUCACAACGGUUCCUGGAACUGGAAUGCUCUUCCUGGCCAAUGAGUCCCCAAAAAUGCAGACGUAUUACAUCCCCAGUCUGGGUCCAGCCCCCAGGUGGAGUGGAUUCCUGGACACGAUAAUCGAGGAGCUGGAGGAGUCUAGCUUCGACACGAUCUACGAUAACUACAAAUUCGUGACGGAGAAGGAGCUCGAGGAGUUGGGACUCAAUCACUUGAUUGGGACUAAUUUAUUGAGAGCCUACAUGCACGGGUACUUCAUGGACGUGAGGCUCUUCAGGAAGGCCAGGGAUGUCAUAAAACCGUUCGCCUUUGACGACUACAAGAAGAAGAAAAUUCGUGAGAAAUUGAAUGAAGAUGCGAAGAGUAGAGUUCAAGUGCAGAAACUUCCUGAAGUGAAUAAAGAGCUCGCAUUCAAGCUGAUGGAGAGUCAGGAAGAUGGCAAGAAGAAGAGAAAAGCCCCGACAAUUCUCAAGGACGACAGGUUCAAGGCUCUCUUCACUAAUCCUGACUUCCAGGUUGACAAGAAUUCGGUGGAGUUCAAUCUUCUGAAUCCUGUGAUCUCUCAAAUGGAUAAAGGAAAGGCGAAGAGACUCAGAGAGAUGGAGAGGAAAGAGGAGGAGGAGAAGAGAAUACUUGGUGCCUUCGAUGAGGAUCCAGAGCAUAAUGGAAGCUCAGACGAGGAAUUGCUGCACGACGAAUCAUCGGACGACGAGAAAUCCUGGUCGAAGGAAGUGAAGAGGAAAUAUCGAGAGGUCAAGAGGAAACAGCGAGAGGAGGAAAUCGAGGAUGAGAAAAAUGAGAGAGACGACUCGAAGCAGAUGAAGCAGCCAAAGUUCUACGAGAUAAAAGAAGGGGCCGAGUUCAAGGGUGGAAAAACAUACAUGAAGAAGCGAAUCAAGGCGAGUCUGGGGGAUAGGUUGAAUAGUGAUGAGGCAAAUGGUGUGAGGGUCACUGGCUCGAGGGGAAAUAGGGAGAUGACAUUUUCCAUUGGAAAAAAGAAAUUUGGAAAGUCUAGGGAUUCAUUCAAACACAGGAGGGCUGACCAGAAAGGUCUGUUGAGGCCAGCUGGUAAUAUUGGAAAGAAAAAAUAUAAAAUAUAGUGAAAAAAUAGCUUAGUUAAUAAAAUGUAUAAAAUAUUCUGCUUAUUGUUUACUAGAUUCACUCAUACGAAUCUACUAAAUAAUUCAAUAAUUUGUUAAAUAAUUAAUAAAUGUUUUUUAAUCCACGAA